UUAACAUGAAUAGCAAUAUUUACAAUAGGUAACAUCAUGGAUUUCUUAAUUAACUUUUCAACACAUUCAAGCAAUAGUUUCUGUCCUUUUCCAGAACUAUAUAAACUAGAAAUAUUAACCAAUAAUCAUGGUGGCUUGGCGUGUAGUGUUGGUCGUGGCGACAUUGAUGAGCUCAGCGACAUGCACUCUAGACUCGUGCUUCCCGGACUCAGGCUCGUCCGACACGACCAGCAGCAACUUCAACUUCUCCGGAGUGGACAUCUUUGGACUGGGCUUGUUCAGAGAACUAAACUCGCUGAUGACGUCAUCACAAAGCGCCGGUGAUGCUAACCUGCUGGUGUCGCCCUACAGCGUGUGGAGUGCCCUCAGUCUCGCCCUGAUGGGCGCAGAGGGUAGAUCUCGUCGUCAGCUCGAAGACGCGCUCGGGCUGCCCACCACAAGGCGUGGUGCCUACAGGACCAAAUACGCUCUUGACUUUGUGAUGCGCGCGCUGGGGUCGGGGACCAACGGGGGACCCGAGCUGCGCCGUGUCGACCGCGCCUACUUCGACCCCACAGUCCAGCUGCACCCGUGCGUCACUAACCUACUCAACGACGUACAAAUCCUCGACAUGAUUUUCGAUUCAAUUGGCUCUGCAAACAAAAUCAACAACGACGUCAGUAUGGUGACUGGCGGUCAAAUCAAAGACCUUCUGUCCUCCGACGCGCUCGUGAACUCUUUGUUUGUGCUUCUGAAUGCCAUAUACUUCAAGGGCUCCUGGCAGACAAAGUUUGAUCCAAAAAACACCAGCAAGCAGAAAUUUAACCGGCAAUCGGGCGAGAUGGUAGCCAUGGCCGACAUGAUGACCGUGGAAAGUACCUUCAAUCUAGCGGCAUCAACAUCCUUAGGCGCCGCCAUGCUACAGCUCCCCUACUACAACAGCAACAUGUCUAUGCUGGUCAUGUUGCCGGAUCCUUCGUCAACGGUCGACGAGACGCUCAAGCAGCUCUCUCCCACCACGCUGUCCCAGUCUCUGGCCGCCUUGAAGCCAACCAUCGUCAGGGUCUCUCUACCCAAGUUUGAUCUUGCUAAAAAGAUGGAGGAUGAACUAGUGCAGGGACUGGGCCGCUUGGGCAUCACGGACAUCUUCAAUUCGUCGGUGGCAAACUUCACCAGCUUCACCUCUGACAGUUCUCUCUACGUGGAUACUGCAAUUCACCAGGCCAAGGUGAUGGUGAAUGAAGAGGGCACGGUGGCUGCUGCCGCAACGGCGCUCACGGCCACCAGGAGCGGCUCCAGCAACCCCGUCCAGUUCUCGGCCAACCGACCCUUCUUGUUCCUCAUCUACGACAGCCGGGUCAGAGUGACCCUCUUUGCCGGCAUCAUCAGGAACCCGUCCAAAUAAACACAUCAUUACGACAGCCGGGUCAGAGUGACCCUCUUUGCCGGCAUCAUCAGGAACCCGUCCAAAUAAACACAUCAUUACGACAGCCGGGUCAAGCUGACCCUCUUUGCCGGCAUCAUCAGGAACCCGUCCAAAUAAUCACAU